UCCUCUCAGUUUGAAAUGCCACCACGAAUCAGCCCCCUUAAGGAUGCCAUGCAUCAUGUUGUUUCAAAGACUGACAAAACAUUCAAAUUAGAUGUGAAGUAUAUCAAUGCAGUGAAAGGACGUGGUCUAUUUGCAAAGGGUGACUUUUGCAAAGGUGAUUUUGUUGUUGAGUACAGGGGAGAUAUGAUAAAUGAUGCAGAACUGCAGAGAAGAAGAAAACGUUACCACGCAUCCUGUGCUGCAUUUAUGUUUGAUUUCAAGUGGCGAGGGAAAACAUGGUGUAUUGAUGCGUCAAGAGAAGAUGGAUCGUAUGGGCGGAUCGUUAAUGAUUGUCACAAACAUCCAAAUUGUAAGAUGAAGAAAAUUGACGUCAAUGGAAAGCCUCACCUUUGUCUGUUUGCCCUGGAUGACAUUAAAGAAGGAGAAGAAAUUGCCUAUGAUUAUGGAGGAGAAAACUACCCAUGGAGAACACAAAUGACCAGCGCUCCUGUUAAUACCAGCACAGCGAGUAACUCUGAUCCUUCUCUCCAGUCAGAGACUCAGAUGGAUGAUGAAUCUGCUCAAAUCAACUCUCCUCAACAGAUGACCAGCGCUCCUGUUAAUACCAGCACAGCGAGUAACUCUGAUCCUUCUCUCCAGUCAGAGACUCAGAUGGAUGAUGAAUCUGCUCAAAUCAACUCUCCUCAACAGAUGACCAGCGCUCCUGUUAAUACCAGCACAGCGAGUAACUCUGAUCCUUCUCUCCAGUCAGAGACUCAGAUGGAUGAUGAAUCUGCUCAAAUCAACUCUCCUCAACAGAUGACCAGCGCUCCUGUUAAUACCAGCACAGCGAGUAACUCUGAUCCUUCUCUCCAGUCAGAGACUCAGAUGGAUGAUGAAUCUGCUCAAAUCAACUCUCCUCAACAGAUGACCAGCGCUCCUGUUAAUACCAGCACAGCGAGUAACUCUGAUCCUUCUCUCCAGUCAGAGACUCAGAUGGAUGAUGAAUCUGCUCAAAUCAACUCUCCUCAACAGAUGACCAGCGCUCCUGUUAAUACCAGCACAGCGAGUAACUCUGAUCCUUCUCUCCAGUCAGAGACUCAGAUGGAUGAUGAAUCUGCUCAAAUCAACUCUCCUCAACAGAUUGUGAUACAGCUCCGAAAUGAAAAUGACAUUUUUGUACCAAGACUGAGACGGACUAAAAGUAUCAUGAUGAAAGACAUGGAUCUUCAAGAUUCUGGUGAGCUCUUUGAUUCUACACCAGAGAGUUCAGAUAAUUAUGUCCCAGAUACCACUUCCAACAGUGACAGUGACAGUGAUGUUAGCCUUACACUGAACCCAACAAAGCAUCAGCUUCUUGAUGAACUGGAUAUGAAUGAAUCUGCCUCUGUAAGCUCCCCUGACUGUGACACAACAACGUCAGACAAAAUGCACAGCCUUACAUCUAAAACAUCUGAAACAGUAGAAGAGCCCAGUUCAGACUGCGUAUUUGUUAAUGCAUACCAAAAAAGAGAUGGCGGUAGAGUGUAUAACAAGAGACAUUACUGCUUGUAUUGCUCCAAACCUUACGCUAAGAUGGCAAGGCAUCUAGAAAGUUCACAUGCAAAUACAUCUGAUGUGGCUAGAGCUCUAAGCUUUCCAAAAGGUUCAAAAGAGAGAAAAAAACAGCUGGAUUAUAUUCGCAACAAAGGGAACUAUGCCCACAAUGCUGCUGUUAUGGAAUCAGGAAAGGGGGAACUGGUGCCAUUUAAACGACCACCUAAAAAAGCGCAGGGAGAGGAUUUUAUGCAUUGUGCGUACUGUCAAGGACUUUUUACAAGAAAGGUCCUGUGGCGUCAUAUGCGUUCUUGUAGACUUAAACCUCAGUCAGUCCCCCCCAAACCAGGAAAAAACCGUGUUCAGUCCAUGUGUACAUACACAGGUCCUGUGCCUUCAAACAUGACCAAACAACUGUGGGGAGUAAUCAGUGCCAUGACUCCUGACCCAAUCACAGAUAUAAUAAAAAAUGACAGAGUAAUUACUGAAAUUGGGCAGCACUUGUUGAACAAAGGAGGGCUAUCAGCCAAAAAUAAACAGUAUGUGCGGGAGAAGAUGCGAGAAUUGGGAAGGUUGAUUCACAAGGCGAGGAGAGUCACCUCGUUAAAAACGAUGGAAGAUUGUGUAAAUCCAAAGAAGUACAUGGAGACUGUCAAAGCUGUGAAGUAUACGUGUGGGUAUGACAGUGAAACGGACAAGUUCAUGAUUCCAUCGCUUGCAAACAAGCUUGGGAAUUCCCUGGUUAAAGUGAGCAAACUCUUAAAAGCUCAGGGAUUAAUCUCAAAUGACAAACAGCUUGUAAAGAACGCCAGUGAGUUUCUAGAAGUCCAUGAGAGCAAGUGGAACGAGAUGAUCUCGGCUACAGCAUUGAGGAACAUCAGUGAAGCAAAGUGGAAUGUGCCCACUAUCAUGCCCUUUACCGAAGACGUCCAGAAAAUGCAUACUUAUCUCAGUGAAGUGCAAGACAAGUGGUUCAAAACACUCUCUGAAAGUCCCUCUACUAAAGCCUGGAUGGAUCUGGCAAAGGUGUGUCUAGCCCAGAUGAUUCUCUUUAACCGCCGCAGGGAAGGAGAGGUUUCGAGCAUGCCUUUGUCUGCAUUUCUAUCAAGAGACACUUCUGAUCCACAUGAAGAUGUGGACUGGGCACUCUCUGAAGUGGAAAAAAAACUCUGCAGACACUUCACAAGGGUUAUCACAAGGGGAAAGCGUGGUCGACCAGUUCCAAUUCUUCUGACUCCAAAAAUGCUAUCUGCCUUAGAAAUCCUUGUUAAGCAGAGAGAGGCUUGUGGGGUUCUGAAAGACAAUCCCUAUAUGUUUGCAAGACCAGAAGCCAUGACACAUUUUCGAGGGUCAGACUGCCUCCGUGGCUUUGCUAAGGUGUGUGGCGCAAAGUGUCCCAAGUCACUGACAUCUACAAGACUGCGAAAGCAUGCCGCAACACUUUCAACCGUGCUGAAUAUGACUGACACAGAGAUGGACCAGCUGGCAAACUUUCUUGGACACGACAUAAGAAUCCAUCGUGAGUUCUAUCGUCUCCCUGAGAAGACCCUGCAACUUGCCAAGAUCAGCAAAGUUCUAAUGGCUCUUGAGCAAGGAAGAUUAGCUGAGUUCCAUGGCAAGAACUUGGAUGAAAUUGGGAUAGCUCCUGAUGAAAAAGUUAUUGACUGUGAUGAGGAAGACGGGAGCAUACAAGAGGGACACUGUUCAUCUACUGUUGACGAACCAUCUUCAGAGGUGGCACUUCCUCCUACCGAGAGGAAUGACAUGCCGCCACCACCCAAGAGACGCAGACCACCAUCAGAUGAAGAGAUGCCUUCAGGAGCCAGUGCUGUGAGGCCUUCUUCCAAAGGUAAAAGUACCCAGAAGACACCCUGGCAGCAGACAGAGGUGCAGGCGGUGGAAAGGCACAUGCAGCGAUUCAUCACAUCGCUCACUGUACCAGCAAAGAGUGACUGUGAAAAAUGUUUGAAAGCUGAACCAGGAGCGCUUAAGAACCGCGAUUGGAAGACUGUAAAAUUUUACAUUUAUAAUCGUAUUACAGCUUACAAAAAGAAAUUCCAGUGCAAAUAAUAAUAAUGUGAAGAUCCAACUCUGUCGUGGCAGGUUUUGUUCAAAGAUGUUAAAAGGUUAAAGAUGUUUUUGGGUUUACUAACCCUUUAAAACUACAGAAACACGUGUAGGCUAUAGAAUAACUU